AUGGGCAACUUCCUCCAAUUGAAUGUUGCUCGACCAUGGCUAACAUAUACACACUGGAGGAAAAAAUAUGGCGAUCUAAUCUAUUUCCGCCUCCUUGGACUUGACUUUCUUGUGGUCAAUUCGGAAAAGGUUGCAAGAGCACUCAUGGAUCAACGUUCCGCCAUAUAUUCUGAUCGCCCCUUUAUCGCAACAAACGAGCUUUUUGGCGUCGAUUUUAGUACUGUCAUGCUGCCUUACCACUGCACUGACUGGAAACUUCAUCGCAAGAUGUUUCACCAUGCACUUCGCUUAGAGAGUGCAUCACGCUAUCAUCACAUCCAUACGAAAAGAGUUCGAGCAUUGUUGAAGGAUCUGCUUGAUGAUCCAUCACAUUUCGAAAUCCAUAUCCAGAGAUUUGUUGCCUCGAACGUUAUGGCGUUUACCUACGGGUACGAUGUAGCUCCGCACAACGAUCCAAUAGUUGCCAAUGUUAAAGAACUUGUCGAUAUACUCGCAAAGGCACUCUCCCCUGAGCGUAGCGCCAUCGUGUCCGCUUUUCCAAUACUCACUCGCUUGCCUGCGUGGCUCCCUGGUCUAGGAUCUCAACGUGACGCUGCUCGUGCGAGAGAAUUAGCAGGACAAGUGCUCAAUGUGCCGUUCAAUCUGGUCAAGAAGAAUAUUGAUGCCGGGUUGGCCACUCAUUCCAUGGUAUCUGAUUGCUUAGCUCAAAUCGACGAGAAGGAAGACCAACAUAAACAAGAAGCCGCUAUAAAAGCGGCGGCGGCUACUGCCUUUAUAGCUGGCUUUGAGUCGAGCUCAUCGAUGCUGCAUACAUUCAUUCUCGCCAUGAUUCUCUAUCCAGAGGUGCAGGCGAAGGGUCAAGCAGAGAUCGAUUCUGUCAUAGGGGUAAAUAGCAGAUUGCCAGAAUUCGACGACCGACCACUGCUACCGUACGUCGAUGCGAUCCUUCGAGAGCUGCUGAGAUGGAUUCCUGUGGUUCCUCUGGGCAUACCCCAUGCUACUUCAAAGGACGAUGUUUAUGAUGAUUGCUUCAUUCCCAAGGGCGCAUUGGUGAUAAACAACGUUUGGGCGAUGAGCAGAGACGAAUCAAAACACGGGGCCGAUGUUGAAGAGUUUAGGCCUGAACGGCACCUCGCAGCUGAAAACAACUCGAACCCCCAGCCCAUCUCCGCUGACCCAAUUUUUGGGCUCGGUCGUCGUAUAUGCCCAGGGAGAUUCACAGCGGAGGCGGUGGUCUGGAUCGCCAUUGUGAAUAUUCUCGCGACGUUUCGCAUUGUGAAGUCAAAGGACAUCUUGGGUGAAGAAAUCGAUGUGAAGAAAGAAUUUACCGCCGGUAUAGCUAUCCAACCUAUACACUUUUCUUGCUCUUUUGUCAGCCGUUCAGAAGAAAGAGCAUCUACUCUGUGA